GGAUACAGUGGGGGAGAUUUGACGCUGGGGAUGGUGACAGAAUGAAAUAUGCAUACUUAGUUAUUAUACUGAUUAUUAAAUGGCUGGAGUAAUCCUACAACUUUAUUGUUGCUAUAUUGUAUAUCUACUUAUACACUGUUGAUUACAAAUGUUGCACACACAUAACUUUUUCGCUGCCUCGCCUCUAAUGCACCACGUCUGCAGAGCAUAAGGUGCUGCAUUAGCGCUUUUAACACUGCAUUAUCACCUUGUAUAAUGGGCUGACAUCAUAUUUUCUAUUAAACAGCUCUGAAUGAUUGAUCAUAUUGUGUUCUUGCAGCUUUAUGACUACACAGUGAAUGCUAGACCCUAUACUGAAUCCUGCAUGAUGGGGACCUCAAUCUGCAUUGUCACUGUGGCAGCUUUAAGAAGAUGCUUCAUCAUAGUUCUGCAUCUAACUUUAUUUUUACCAGUAGUAAGAGUCUAUGAACAGUUAAUAGGACUCCACCUGGACUGCCUUAAGACUUGUGUCUGCGCUGGAAACAUAAUCAGCUGUCCUAGUGCAAAUCUCUCCAACGUUCCUACAGCUCUUCCAGAAUAUACAGCUGUUCUGGACCUAAGCUUCAACUCCAUCACCAGGCUACGUGCUGAGUGGACCCCCACAAAGCUCAAGAGACUGCAAAGUCUACUACUCAGCAACAAUGGCCUCACCUUCCUCUCCUCUGAAGCAUUUGUGCAUGUGACAAAGCUUCGUUACCUCGACCUUUCUUCUAAUGGCCUCCGCCAGCUAGAUGAGUUCAUCUUUGAGCCACUGGAGCAUCUUGAGGUAUUGCUACUUUAUAAGAACAACAUCUAUCAAAUAGAUCGCACUGCCUUCUCGGGCCUCAUGUCUCUGCAAAGGCUAUAUAUGAGUCACAAUCAGAUCACACGCUUCCCCUUGGAGCUAGUGAAGGAGCGAAGCAGGCUAGAAACGCUAAGACUACUGGAUGUUUCUUCCAAUAGGAUUAAAACCCUGUCUCUGCACGAGCUUCAGGCUCUGCCUGCCUGGAUCAAGAAUGGUAUUUACUUCCACAGCAACCCUCUGACCUGCAGCUGUGAGCUUUAUGACCUGGUGGCCCAUUGGCACCUCAAGGACCUCAGCUCUGCCACUGACUUCACAAGCAACCACACAUGUGUGAUACCAGGUCUGCGGAAGGAAACAAUGUCCAUUCUGGAUCUAGACAAGGCAUACCUGAACUGCAGUGAGGUCAAAGUUCUGAAAGAAGAGGCCUAUUUAGAUCAGUCUCUGGUACUGGACUGUGACACCAAACAGAAGGACAUGGUGAAGAGAUGGGCACUGCCAGGAAACGCCCCACUUUCUUCUGCUAACAAGACGGCAGUAAUGCUUUCUGAUGGUAGCCUCCACAUUGGACCCCUGAAAGCAGAAGAUUCAGGAGUGUACACCUGCUAUGCUACAAGUGAUUCCCUCAAUGAGACACUGUACAUAACUGUAGUGGUUUUUAACUUCACCAUGAGUGGUGGACUUGAGAAUCUAAAAACAGCCUACACCACCCUCAUAGCCUGUCUGGUGAGUAUAGUUAUGGUCCUCAUCUACCUGUAUCUCACCCCUUGUCGCUGCGCUAGUUGCUCAGAUCAGGACAUGGAGAAAGAUGACCCAAGAGAGAGCCUCCACUCCUCAACUGUCAGCCUCUCUCAGGCACAUGAAGAAACACGGCAACAAGGAGUGCUGAGUGAGGGUUUCCCUUACAGACAUGCAACUCUGUUGGAGUAUAAAGAUCAGCUGGAGCAGAAUGGGAGACUGAAUCCAAUAGGUGAGGAAGAUGAAGAGAUGCAGGUGGACAGCAAGGAGAGAAGGAGGUCUGAUGCAGAAUCUAUUAGCUCGGUGUGCUCUGACACUCCAAUGGUGAUAUAAAAUUAUCACCAGUGCUUGCAUGUAGAGCAGCCAUGACCCAAUGUGUAAAUUAAAAUCAUCAUCUCCCAAACUAAGCUUUAGUUGACUCUCACAGUCAGUGGCACUGUUAAGACUAUGUAUACCUGUGAUAUGGUCUGUAAAAAGUCUUCUUCUCCAAACUUUAGGUAAAAGUUUAUAGGCCCCAAUAUUUAAAAUGUUUUUAUCUCACGUCUGAAGAUUGAUAAAUGAUCACUAAGUUAAAUCAAACAGAUUUGUAAAGACAAACAAGUAAUUAUAUUUCUGGUAGUGGACAAAAACAAGUUAAUUUUAAAAAUGAAACCACUUAACUCUACACAAAAAAUGGAGACAUUGUUUGCAUGAUGUAGGCUCCUAGGAUUACUUUUGGGACCAUAAAUACUUUCAACUACCAUCCUGAGUCAGUGCAUGAAAUACAGUAGGGAUCCUGCAGAGAUGAGAAAUAGGACAGAAGAUGAACAGUAAGUUGCUGCUUGAAACAGAAACUCAUUUUAUGCAAAGCUUGCAGAGUUGAGCUACACUGCAAGCUGGUCAAAGUUUAUGUUUUAUAUUGCAGACCUGUUUGGAUGUGUUAAUCUUUACAGAACAUGAUGCUGCAAUGAUUAUUUAUUAUGCAAGUUAAUCAAACUAAUUCAUAUCAUAUAUGUGUGUUCAAGUAAUAAUUGUGUUUUGACAGUAACUGUGGCCUUUGUUGAAGUAAUUUUUUUAAUGCUGCUUUGACUUAAUUAUAAGACUCAGGUCUACGUUAAAGUCAGUUUUUCACUAAUCUUAGUUACGCAGUUAUUAACACCAUUGUGCUUUAUAAAUGUAAUAGUAAAAAUAAGUCUCUUUUUUUCUGUUGAAGUUUUUUUUUUUUUUUUUUUUUUUUUUUUAUUACCAUGACAAAAAUUCACACAGUAGGUGUUAGUGAUGUAGUGAUGUAUUGGUAAUUUUGUUUAGCAAUGUAAUUGAAACUUUGGCAUUAAUAAGGGAGCAUUUUCACCCUUAGUACAUUAGUAAUGUGAGCAAACAUGAUAAUAAUGAGUAAUAGUAGAAGUAGUAGUAAUAGUAGAAGUAGUAGUAAUAGUAGUAGUAGAAGAAGUAGUAGUAAUAUACCCUGAUCAUUUAAAAUGUAGGACAAACUGCCUCAAAUUUUUAAUUGUAAACACAAUUUUUGAUAAUUUUGAUUUAGUUUAUGCCUUAUUCUAAACUGAAAUUAUGCAGAAAUUCAGCCUCUUUGACACCACAUGCAUGCUUUUGAGUGAAGAGUAAUUUCUCUUUUUAGUGCCUUUAGCAUAAUAUGUUGAGUGUUAGUUUCAGAAAGUUAUGUAAGCAUACUGUUUUGCUCAUGGAGCUACCAGGAAAUAUUACGCAGGGGAAAACAACUGAUAGCAAUACCAUUUACUGAAUGGUUUUGGGUAUUAGUGCCCAACCCUAAAGAAAUCAUCCACUAGAGCUAGCCAGAAGUCUCAUAAACAAUGACGAAAAUAGCAGCUGGUAGUGCAGCCAGCACACACCCUCAAAGCUGCCUGACAUAGCUGAAAAGUAAACAAGAGAAGUUGCAGGUUUUUUGUUGUUUUUGUUGUCUUUUUGUUCUUACAAAUGUGCUCAUUUCAAAUAAAUUUCCACCAUAUCUUAAACUAAGUGAAAGCUCACAUCAUUCAAGCUGAACUUUGUCGUCAGAAAUGUUGUUUUAUAUAUCAACAUGUAAAUAUGAAGAACACAGCUCUUCAGUAUUAUCAAAGCAUUCAAACUGUGACUGUAAUUUUGAAGAACUAUAUAAAACUAUAAUGUAGCUAGGUUAUAUGUCUUUAAUAGUGUUCAUUUCACAUGCACUUAAUCUUAUUUAUUUUUAUUUUUUUAGAAAGUUAUUGAUAACAACCAAAGACUGACACAUGUAUGAAAAAAUCUACAUGUUUUGGUAUUUACUAAAGUCAUUACAGAUAAAUUCAUUGUUAUGUUGAGGUUGUUAUGUUAUGUUGUUAUGUGUGAAUGGCAAGCAUUUUAUGCAACUGUUUUCUGAUUUGUUAUGUACUAUAUCAUAACUUGUUUAGAAUUGUACUUCCUGCUGGUCAAUACAAACAACAAAAAUAAAGUGAAUAAUUGCAUUCACAUUCACUGUGGAGUGGUUUAGGAGGUAAUAAAGCUAACUGAACACAUGCCAUUUGCAUGUAUAGCGAAUAUAACUAGCAGUUGGCUAGCUUAGCUUAGCAUAGCAACUGGGGGGGUCAGCUAGCAUGGCUCUCGGCGUGUAAACUAAAUUCAAAGCUUAACAAAAUACCCACUUUAACAGCUGAGUUUUGUAUAAAAUAAACAUACAUGAUGCAUCAUUUGUGAAGGCGUGGAUUUUUAUUAAUAGUCAGAAUUAGCUUUAGCUCUCCAUGCUAAGAUAACAGACUAAGGCUUCAUUUUUGGGCUCUUUAACACCUUUAUUAGACAUUGUACACAGGAGAAACGACAAGGGAAUAACUGGAGAAGGACAGAAAGAAAGACUAGAAAUGUUGGAUUGUUGAAUACUCUGUGUCCUUUGCCUCAUCUCGCUCUUUUGCCUUUCAUAUGCUGACAGAAUAUUUUGAUGAUCUAAUAUUUGAUGCGCCAUUCAGGUGUAAACAUGUAAAUACUGAAAUGUCUAUGUUGUGAACUUGCUGUAAAAAUAAAUAAUUAAA